CACAAGAUAGAAAUAAUGUCCCGCAAGUGCAACUCUUUGGUUCUGAACAGUGUCAGGCAGAUGUUAAUACAGCAUCGUCAUGGCAUCACCGGAAUCGCUAGGACAGCAUUACUGACCUCCAGACGUCAGCGAUGCGAGCCAAAACCUGGAUUUACUUUCUCUGUCUGGACUAUUGAUCCUUUUAGAAACCUGUGCAGUUACACUUCAGGUCAGAGCAGUUUCUCGUUGAGAAGUCACACCUGUGGAGAACUGAGAUCCAGCAAUAUCGGACAAGAAGUUACGUUAUGUGGCUGGGUUCAGUAUCUGAGACAGGAUUUCUUUGUGAUUCUGAGAGACUUCAGUGGUUUGACGCAAAUUCUGAUCCCACAAGAUGAGUCCAACCAUGAGCUGAAGAAAGCCUUUUCUGAACUGACCUUAGAGUCUGUCAUCAUGGUCAAAGGGAGAGUGAAACGCCGCCCAGAGGGCCAGGAGAAUGAGAAAAUGCCUACAGGCGAAAUCGAAGUCUGCGCUCAGAGCAUGGAAGUACUGAACAUCUGUCAAAAGUUACCUUUUGAGAUUAAGAACUUUGUCAAAAAAUCUGAAGCUCUCCGGAUGCAGUACAGAUAUCUUGACCUGCGCUCUUCUCAGAUGCAAUAUAACUUAAGACUGCGAUCUCAGCUGGUAAUGAAAAUGAGAGAGUACCUUUGCAAUUUUAAUGGAUUUGUGGAUGUGGAAACGCCGACUUUAUUUAAAAGGACUCCAGGGGGUGCCAGGGAGUUUUUAGUGCCGUCUGGAGAGCCCGGAAGAUUUUACUGUUUACCUCAGAGUCCCCAGCAAUUCAAACAGUUACUAAUGGUAGCUGGCGUCGACAGGUACUUUCAGCUGGCGCGCUGCUAUAGAGAUGAGGGUUCCAAGCCUGACAGACAGCCCGAAUUUACACAGGUGGACAUUGAGAUGUCCUUUGUAGACCAGGCUGGAAUCAGGACAUUGAUCGAGGGAUUAGUCCAGUACUCUUGGCCAGAGGACAAGGGUACAAUCAACAUCCCUUUUCCAUCCAUGACCUAUGAGGAAGCCAUGAGAGACUACGGAGUAGACAAACCUGACACCAGAUUUGGAAUGAAGCUUGUUGAUGUAAGCGAAGCAUUCCGGAACUCUGAGAUCAGGUUCCUCAGGGACGCUCUCGACCAAUCAGGAGGCUGUAUUCAGGCCAUCUGUGUUCCGGAAGGAGCAAACCACCUGAAAGGGAAGGACUUGGAGUUGCUUAAACAAACAGCUAAGACCCAGUUCAAUCAGGAAGUGAGCGUGGUGUCGGUGAGGCCAGAUGGUUCGGUGAAAUCUCCCUUCAGCCGUCUCCUGUCUGACGGAGCCAGGCGGCAGCUGCUCCAGAUGGUCCAGGCCAAAGCUGGAGACCUGAUUCUCAUUACGGCCGGACCCCUGGAAGGCGCGCGGCCAGCAUUGGGGAAGCUGAGACUGCAGUGCGCUGAGUUGCUGGAGGGGCACGGUGUGACCGUGCGAGACCCCUCUGUCUUUCACUUCCUGUGGGUGGUGGACUUUCCCCUCUUUCUGCCCAAAGAGGACGCCCCGGACGAGCUGGAGUCCGCCCAUCACCCUUUCACUGCUCCUGUUCCCGAGGACGCCCACCUGCUGUACACCCAGCCCCACAAGGUACGUGGCCAGCAUUAUGACCUGGUGUUGAACGGCUGCGAGAUUGGGGGAGGCUCCAUCCGGAUUCACAGCGCCUCCGAGCAGCAUCACGUCUUAGCGACUGUCCUCAAGGAGGAUCCCUCUCUCUUGUCUCAUCUUUUGGAGGCUUUGGAUUCUGGUGCUCCCCCACACGGUGGAAUUGCCCUCGGGCUGGAUCGGCUCGUGUCCAUCAUCGUUGGUGCUCCCAGCAUCAGGGAUGUCAUCGCUUUCCCGAAAUCGUUCCGAGGUCACGACCUUAUGAGCCGAGCCCCCGAUUUUGUCUCCGAAGAGGAGCUGAGGCCGUACCAUAUCUCAGUGACGUGGCCGAAGGCAAACGAAAGCGACCAGCCAGACAAAUAGACCUCAUCUUGACAUAUUCCUUCUGUCCGCUUCUGUCUGUGGGAUUAUGGGAAAACUCCGCUUCGGCAGAAACUGCCAUUUCAUGUUCGCCUGUGUCUUUCAGAGGGGGACUUGUCUCCCUCAGCCUGACUAUCUCCAAUAAAACUCCAAUGGACUUUUCAAACA